UUUACCAUUGGACGUAACAUUCUGUCCCAGUGCAUCUUAAUAACGUGGCGGUCUAUGACCAGUAGUAAUAUUUAACAGCGAUCAAAACAGUCACAUAAAAAGAUGAAGAAUUAUAAAAAACUUGCUAUAAUUUUUUCUGUAGGUGUACUGUUGACAGUUUUUGGAUUAGUUGUAGCAAUUCUUUGGGCUACAAUCUAUUCAUCAAUCUUAAGUAAGCAAUUAACAUUAUCACCUCAAUCUACAACUUAUAUGUUUUGGAAAGAAACACCUAUUCCUAUGUAUUUAAAAUUAUACAUGUUUAAUUUAACUAAUCAAGAAGAUUUUACAUCAAUUAAUGGUGCAAAACCAAAUUUUGUAGAAAUGGGCCCUUAUGUAUUUAGAGAAGUUGAUUAUAAAGUAGAACAAAAAUGGCAUGAAAAUGAUACCAUAACAUUUCAAAGAAAAAGGAUAUGGCAUUUUGAUGAAUCUCUAUCAGUAGGACCUUUAACAGAUAAAGUAACUAAUGUAAACCCUGUGACUGCUAGUGUUGCAUAUGCAUUAAGAUAUAAAAAUCCUUUUCUCCGUGAUGUAGUAGAUAAAAUGAUGAAAGCAAUAAGACAAAAGUUAAUAAUAACCAAAACUGUUAAUGAAUUACUUUUCGAAGGUUAUGAUGAUCUUAUGCUAAAACUUGCUCGAAAAAUGAAUGUUACUGAAAUUCCAUUUCCCAAAUUUGGGUGGUUUUAUGGGCGAAAUGGUUCUGCAUCAUAUGAUGGAACAUUUAAUAUGUUAACUGGUAAAACCAAUUUAUUGGAAUUAGGAAUAGUGAAAGAAUGGAACUUUCAGGACAGAGUAAGUUAUUAUCCUGGAGAAUGUGGAAUAGUACGAGGAACAAAUGGUGAUUUAUGGCCACCAUUGCCUGAUAAUAAGACCAUCACUUUCUUUAUAUCUGAUAUUUGCACGAGUAUGUCACUAACAUAUGAUAAUGCAACUAGUUAUAAAGGAAUAAGGGGUGCUAGGUAUAUUAGCGAUAGUACGAUACUCGAUAAUGGUACGAACGUACCAUCACGUCAUUGUUAUUGUGAAGGAGAAUGCAUUCCCUCUGGAGCAUUAAAUAUUUCAUUAUGUAAGUGGGGUGCUCCAGCAUUCAUCAGUUUACCACAUUUUUAUUUGGCAGACCCAAGUUAUACUAACAAUAUUGAAGGAAUGAAACCUGAUAAAGAAAAACACCAAAUUUCGUUAUCCCUAGAACCGAAAACAGGCGUCCCGUUAAAUGUGAGUGCUCAGCUACAAUUAAAUUUAUUGGUCAAACAAGACAGUAUUAUGAGCAUGUUUAAGAAUAUUAAAACAACAUUUGUACCCAUGUUAUGGUUUACUCAAGAAGUUUAUUUAACUGAUGAUUAUGCUCGGUUAAUUAAGUUCAUCAGUAUUCUGGAAUCUUUGGGCAGCAUAACUUUCUAUGGUAUUGCCGCUAUUGGCAUUUUAAUUAUCUCUAUUGGAUUCUUCUUAUAUAUUAAACAUAAUUUAAGAGGAGAAGAAAAUCAAGUUUUAUUGUCACGAAGUUUUACUGAUAAUGAUGACGUUGCCAAUAUUAAUGGAUGA